UUCUGCAACCCGACGAUAUGAAACACGAAUAUUUAUCGAUAUUUUUUACGGUUUAUUGACAGUACAAUUUUGAUAACAUGCUCCAUAUGCAUAUUAAUUCAGAUAUUCUUUUUUUAGUGCGGAGUUUGUUUUUCUUUUGCUGUUUUAUAAUGCAUUUAGUUAGUAGCAGAACCAGUCGACAAGUUUAGCAAUUGUUAUAUUUUCCACGAAAAUAACUGUCAAUCAUGGUUUCUUAAGAGGAUACAAAUUAAUUUUAUCUUUUCAGUCGGAAGCAUUUAAGCUUUACAUGCUUAUCAUAUGACAAAGUCACAUGACUGGCUGUGAAAAAAUACGUAUGUGUAUCAAUGAUAGUGACUGCACUUAAACUGAUUGACACCUGUGCAAUUUAUCCGAGAAAAUAAUAAAUUUUAGAAAGAGACUCAUAAGAAAUACGUGUAAAUACAGUACUGCGGUCAACUUCGAAGAAGAUUUAAGUCAUUUAAAGUACUCCUUUAACGAUUCCGGUUUUUGAGAAAGACGGGACACAUUGGUGCUCUACUUUGUCAUACACUAUGGCACGGAUCGUCACUGAAGAUAUUGAAGCAGUUAUACGACAUUACCAUAGAAUCGGAUAUACACACACAAUAAUUUGUCAUCUUUUAAACCAGCGACAUGCUGUUCCUAUGAAAUAUGAAUAUCUGAAAAGAAAGGUGUUACCAAGGUUAGGACUUAACAAUAGAAGAGGAGUUUCAAAGUUGACAGAUUUUGAUAUUGUGUUAUCUACUAUUGAGAGGGAAAUGGGUUUGAAAGAGGAUAUCAGCAUUGCAGACAUGCAUCAUCGUUUGAAAGUCAAUUAUGGCUUUGUUGUCAGACGGAGCCUUGUCAGAAGUAUUGUAAGAAUCUUAGAUCCCAUUGGCACUGCUAACAGGAAGGGUAACAAGUUAAAGCGACGCUGUUAUAUAAGCAAAGGACCCAAUUGGAUCUGGCAUUUAGACCAAUACGAUAAAUUGUCACCAUUUGGAAUAUGUAUCACUGGAUGCAUUGAUGGUUUUUCACGAUACAUGAUUUGGCUUAAAGCUGGUGUAACCAACAAGCAACCAAAGCAAAUAGCUGCAUGUUUUCUGCAGAGUGUUGAAGAACGGUCAGCUUGUCCACAUAUUGUACGUGCAGAUGCAGGCACUGAAAAUGUGACAGUUGCUGCUAUGCAGAAUAUGCUCAGAGAAAACAAUAAUGAUUCCAUGGCGGACAACUCGUUUGUGUAUGGAAAAUCAACACACAACCAAAGAAUUGAAAGAUGGUGGGGAACUCUAAGAUCAAAAUGCACAGACCGAUGGAUAAACCAUUUCAAGAAACUUCAGGCGGAAGGAAAUUUUGUGGUAGGAAGUAAGCUACACAAAUGUCUAGUGCAGUUCUGCUACCUUAGUUUGAUAAGAACGGAAUUAGAAGAGGUUAAACAUUCCUGGAACCACCACAGGAUACGAAGACAGACUUUGGGAGAUGUGGUUACUGGAAUUCCAGAUCUUCUUUAUCAUAAUCCUGAGCUAUUACAUAAUCCACAGUGUAGAGAUUACGCACAUGUCGUGCAAGUGGAUGGUGAAGAGUUCCGUUUUCUCAAACAAAACUGUGCAUGGGACAAUGAAAUCGAUUCAGACUUUGCUACUUUAGCAAACGCAAUGUGUGAUACUAAUAACAUAACGAGAGUGCCAUCUUCAGCUGCAGAGGCAAACAAUCUGUAUCUUUCUCUAAAAUUAACUUUAGAACCUUUAUUUGAUAAUUAAAAUCUUAAAUUAGCACCCAUUGUUGAUGCCCACCUCUUAUAAUUGUAAUAAAUUGAUUGAAGAUUUCUAAAACUUCUCAAAAUGAAUUGACUCAACUGUGGGAAUUAAAGUCAUUCAAGGAUAUUCUUAUGUUAUGAUAUUGUAAUAAUUAUAUUUAUUCAUGUUGGCCUAUUUUGUUUUGUGUGGCCUGAUAGUUGUUUACAAAAUAAUCUUAUUACUGUGCAAUUUAGAAAUUACUGGAACAAUCAUUCCAGAAUGUUGACGAGAAACGAAUUAAACAUCUUAUGUUAUUAGUAUCACACAUUGCAUUUGCUAAAGUAGCAAUAAUAAAAGAUGCGUUAUUUAAACUUUUUAAAACUUCUAGAAACUUCCGUUUAUCAGUUUUCCAGUGACAACUAUUUAUAUACAGACAAUAAAGUUAAAAUUCAGACAUAGACAUCGAAUAACAUUAAUAUUCUCAGCAGUUGGAUUGAAAUGUGUACUCUACGAACAACAUCAUACUAGAUUGUGACCUUAGAUUCUGAUUGGAUUCCCGAGAAGAUUUCCGAAUCUAUAAAGAAACGAUAAAAGACAUAUAUUUUGAUA